AUGGCCGACAAAACUGCCCCGGCCCAAUUGGCCAGCCAAGAGCAACUCAAUGCUGAUCCGGAGCUACUCUCCAACUUUGUAUCAAAGCUUGAAGAAGUCGAAUGGGUUCAGAGCUACCUGGAUGGAGUUUCGACCAUACGCAGGGUCGGGAAGGAGCUGAAAGAUUUGCGGACGGCGCUCUGGAAGACUUUGGUCGCAAACAAGAAGAUAGGUCGCGAGGAUGACUCCGGAAAUCUCCUUCGGGCACGAGGCUAUUGCACAUUGACCAUCUCGAAAAUGACACACAUUGUUCCGAUUGCUCUGAUUGGGAAGCCUCCCUCUAUUGGCGGCCUAUCGCUUGAAAUAGGAUCGAUUGCGCACGUCGAGACCGGCCAAAUGCUUGUAGAGCCUGAGAGCACUGUAUUUUUCGACACUGCAAUCGCCCACACUCUUCAAGUGGAGCAGACAAGCACCCUCCUCCGUGUUGAGCGGACAAUAGACUGGGAGACAGUAUUGAGGAGUUUGCCCGUGGCAGAAGGUGCAUCCUAUGACUCUAGAGCCGAUCAGCAUCACUCUACUUGCUUGCCAAACACUAGGGUAGACUUACUCCGGCAAAUCAGAGAGUGGGCUUUCGACCCUCAAACAAAGCCCAUUUUUUGGCUUAAUGGCAUGGCAGGGACAGGCAAGUCCACGAUAUCGCGGACUAUUGCCAAGGACUUUGCGCAAUCAGGCCACCUGGGCGCCAGCUUCUUUUUCAAGAGAGGAGAGGCUGACCGAGGAAGCAUAUCCAAGUUCGUCACAACCAUCGCCGCGCAGCUAGUCCACAAAGAGCCCGCUGUCUCUGUACCUAUCAAAGAGGUGAUCGAUGCUGAUCCUUAUAUUGCUGGAAAAACAGCCAGAGAUCAGUUUGAUAAGCUUAUCGUGCAGCCCUUGGCAUCUACCCUCGCAGCUCGUGGGCUGGAAACAUUGGUGGUCGUCGUUGAUGCUUUAGAUGAAUGCGAUAAAGAUGAAGAUAUCAAGCUACUGAUUCAUCUUUUCUCUGGCACAAAAGAUAUUUUGUGCGCGAAGCUCAGGAUUCUCGUCACGAGCAGGCCGGAGCUACCAAUUCGACUCGGCUUUCAAACAGCAACAGGCAGUUAUCAAGACAUUGCGCUUCACGAGGUGCCACCAGACAUUAUGAAGCAUGACCUCACUGCUUUCUUUCACCAUGAGCUUGCGCAGAUCAAAAAUGAGUUCAAUAAGUCGGUAUCGCAAGACCGACAGCUACAGUUCGACUGGCCCGGGGAAGAAAGAACCCAGGCGCUAGUCAAGAUGGCUAUUCCACUCUUCAUUUUUGCCGCUACAGUUUGUCGUUCUCUUGCUGAUCGAAGAAUCGGGCACCCAAACCAGCAGCUUCAGGAUGUUCUACGAUUUCAAGGACAAAGCCAUACAUCACAGCUGAGUGCUACAUACCAACCUGUCCUUAAUAAGCUGUUGGACGGCUUAGAUAAAGAGCAGCAGACAAGCUUUAUAAAGAGAUUUCAACUCAUCGUUGGCUCUAUUGUACUCCUAGGAAACCCUCUUCCUGUACCCGCUAUUAGUCGCCUUCUUGAUAUCGCCAGAGAGAAGGUUGACGUGCAGCUGGACCUGCUACAUUCAGUGCUUGAUUUCCUUCAUCGGAAAAAUCUCCCGUAUCAUGAUGAGCACCUCUUCUGGGUAGAUAAGAAGGAGGUUCAUAGUCGGCUGGCGAUAUGCUGUCUUGAGAUUAUGAACAAAAACCUACGUACGGAUAUAUGCAAUCUUUCACAGCCAGGAACAGACCGCGCCACUGUCAGCCCUCAUGCGAUUCAUUCUUGCAUCCAGCCAGAGAUUCAGUACGCUUGUGUUUACUGGGUGCAUCACCAACAGCAAGCCGGUUUGCAGGUUCAAGGUAAUGGGCCAGUAUAUACCUUCCUGGAGCGCCACUUUCUGCACUGGCUAGAGACGCUGAGUCUUCUUGGAAGGGCCACCGAUAGCGUGUCUAUGAUGAGUGAGCUUAAAGAACAUUGCAACCAAGAAGAUAGUCAAAUGUUGGAGGACUUUCUCCAAGAUGUACAGCGAUUUAUUCGUACUAACAUAGCAACAAUCAACACUACUCCACUUCAACUUUACUCCUCUAUCCUUGCGUUUACACCAAAGAACAGUAUCAUACGAAAGAAAUUUAUAAAUGGGAUUCCGAAUUGGAUAUGUCGAAGACCCGAACCAGAGAAUAACUGGGAUCAAUGCGAGCAAAUACUCGAGGGCCAUAGCGGUGGGGUUACGGCCGUAGCCUUCUCGCCUGACGGCACGGCCGUGGCCUCGGCAUCGGAUGAUAAGACGAUCCGGCUCUGGCGCGCCAGCGAUGGCACCUGUACGCAGGAGCUUAAGGGUCAUAGCCACUGGGUCAGGGCCGUAGCCUUCUCGCCCGACGGCACGGUUGUAGCCUCGGCAUCAUAUGACGAGACGAUCCGGCUCUGGCGCACCAGCGACGGCACCUGCACGCAGCAGUUGCCUUUCUGGUAUUGGGAUUGCCAGUGA